UUAGGCCACACCCAGAUCUCGCGAGGUCUGAGAAGUGGAAAAAAUGGCGCCGAUGUGAUCGAGAUCUCGCGUCGCCGAGGAAGUCGCCCCUGCAGGAGCCGGAGCCACCGAAGGCACGAGAACCAGAGGUCGAACUGAAUGGAGGAUGGAGGAACCGUCCAAGCCCAACCCAGACAUGCUAGCCGUUGCAGAGUCCAGCUCCAGUGAGCCCGACAAGGAGGUGGAUUCUCCAAAUGUGGUAGCUACAGCCACUUUCUCCUCCAUGGAGGAGCCAGGCCCUAACCCAACAACUGUACCAUCAGAGUGGGACCAUGGAGGACCUCCACAGCCGGUUGCCUCCCCAGCCCCAGACAGCUGCCAACCUGGCUCAACCAGCACAGGUGUGGGGACCAAUGAGGACCUGAAGUUGCCCAGACGACGUCCACCACCAGGGAAACAGAUACCCUGCUCUAGCCCUGGCUGCUGCCUGAGUUUCCCCAGUAUUCGUGAUCUGGCACAGCAUCUCCGUACCCACUGCCCACCUACACAGUCACUGGAAGGCAAACUCUUCCGAUGCUCAGCCCUGAGCUGCACUGAGACUUUCCCCAGCAUGCAGGAGCUGGUAGCCCAUGGCAAGCUGCAUUACAAGCCCAACCGCUACUUCAAGUGUGAAAAUUGCCUCCUACGCUUCCGUACUCAUCGCUCACUCUUCAAGCAUCUGCAUGUUUGUGCAGAGCAUGCUCAGAGCCCAGCCCCGCCACCACCCCCUGCCCUGGACAAAGAGCCACCUGUGCCCGAGCGCCCCCCAGAGUCCGACCCUGCGUCUAACCUGAAUCUGCCAUUCCCACUACUUGAACCUUUCACCUCUGCCCCCUCUGGGCCCUUCCUUCCCUACUUGAACCCUGCGCCCUUUGGCCUGAGUCCCCCACGACUGCGCCCGUUCCUGGCUGCUGCUCCAGGACCACCAGCCUCCAGUGCUGCCAUCUGGAAAAAGAGUCAAGGUGGGUAUGAGAACCAGUUGCCUACAAAGCUGGUUGGGUCCACCCCUAUUCUGAACUUGACCUGCCUCUUUCCUAUAGGUGCUGCUGGAAGUCCCAGAAGACCUCAGGGCGGUCCCGAUGCGCCCUCAGGGUACGCAGGCCCCAGCCGCAUCGUGUGGGAACACACACGGGGCCGUUACUCGUGCAUGCAGUGUGACUUCUCCACAGCCUCACGGCCCACCAUGACACUACACCUCCAGGACCACCGCCCUGGCGCCUCCACAGCCCUGGUGUCUGGGUCCCUUCCUGCUGACACCCUGGCCAGUAAGGCUGAGGAAUGCUCAGGCAUGGAGCCAGAGGCAAGGAGUGAGGCCCAGGUUCAGCGGCCUCCUCCCCAACUCCACACAAACCCAACUCCGUUUGCUCCUGGGGUGUCACAACUGUCAGUGGAGUAGCAUCCCAUUUUCUCU